AUGUGCGGAAUUAUAGGUUUAGUGUGCUCAGAUCCGGAAGCCAACUGUGCUUCAGAGCUCUUCGAUGGAUGCCUGUAUUUACAGCAUAGGGGUCAGGACGCUGCCGGAAUUGUUACCUGUGGUAAAGGUGGUAGAUUUUACCAAUGUAAGGGUAAUGGUAUGGCCAGAGAUGUGUUUACUACGCAACGUAUGAAAGGUUUAGUGGGUAAUAUGGGUAUCGCGCAUCUUCGUUAUCCCACUGCCGGUUCAAGUGCUAACUCUGAAGCUCAACCUUUCUAUGUGAAUGCUCCUUAUGGCAUUUCUUUGGGCCAUAAUGGUAACUUGACCAACGGUGAAGAAUUGAAGGAUUAUAUGGACGAGGUUGUUCAUAGGCACAUCAAUACCGAUUCUGAUUCCGAGUUGUUAUUGAACUUGUUUGCCGCUGAGCUUGCUACAUACGAUAAGUCAAGAGUCAACAACAGUGAUAUUUUCAAGGCACUUCAAGGUGUAUACACCAUGGUUCGUGGUGCUUAUGCCUGUGUUGCAAUGUUGGCUGGUUAUGGUGUGAUUGGCUUUAGGGAUCCUCAUGGUAUUAGACCACUAGUGAUUGGAGAAAGAUUGAGAGAAAAUGGUUCAAGAGAUUACAUGGUUGCGUCAGAAUCUGUUGUGUUGAGAGCUCAUGGCUUUCAGGUCUACAGAGACAUUAUGCCCGGGGAGGCUGUCAUAAUUCCCAAGGCCACAAUGAUUCCUGAAUUUAGACAGGUUGUUCCUAGAUUAUCGUAUACUCCUGAUGUUUUUGAGUAUGUGUAUUUUGCAAGGCCUGAUUCUGUACUGGAUGGAAUUUCUGUUUACAGAUCCAGACUGGAAAUGGGUACCAAGUUGGCUGAAAACAUUACUGAUGCCUUCAGGAAGGUGGGUAAGGAUAUUAAUAAGGAGGUGGAUGUUGUCAUUCCUGUGCCUGACACCUCAAGGCAUGCUGCUCUUCAGUGUGCCGUUACUUUGAAUUUGCCUUAUAGAGAAGGCUUCAUAAAGAACAGGUAUGUGGGACGUACUUUCAUCAUGCCAGAUCAAUCCCAGCGACAAUCAAGUGUGAGGAGGAAGUUGAACGCCAUGGCCUCUGAGUUUUACGGUAAAUCUGUACUUCUUGUGGAUGAUUCCAUUGUUAGAGGUACCACUUCGAAAGAAAUUGUUUCCAUGGCUAGAGAGUCUGGUGCCAGAAAGGUGUAUUUUGCGUCCUGUGCUCCUGUGAUUAGAUACAAUCACAUCUAUGGUAUCGACUUGGCUGAUAACAAACAGCUUGUUGGCUUUAAUCGGACCGAGGAUGAGGUUUCUGAAGUUAUCGGGGCAGAUAAAGUAUUCUACCAAAAAAUUGAUGACUUGUUUGACUGCUGUAAGAGAGACGACAAGAUUAAAGAUCAUGAGAUGGAAUUGGCCCUGACACCUGUUACAUCUAGAGAUGACAGUGUGAAAUCUUAUAUCCAGUCUUCCACACCGCUGCCUGACUUUGAUGGGUUCGAGGCUGGCGUAUUUACCGGCAAAUAUGUUACUGGUGAUGAAUCCGAAUAUCUGUGUGUUGCCGAGAAAUCUAGAGCUCGAAAUGAAAAGUUGAAAAGAGCUGCAGGAACCGAUCAAAAUUUAGACGUUGCCGAUCUAAAGGCUCCUUCCGAAAUAAAUAUCUACAACAGCGGUGACUACUAA